AUGAACUUGAUAAGAUCAGUACAUAUAAUAAAUAACUUAAGAGUUUACACUUAUUUCAACAUAUUUAGAUAUAGUGUUAAUAAUAUUAUAAAUCUUUUUUGUUACAAAAACAUAAAAAAAAAGAAAAAUUCAAAAGAUAUAGAAUUAUAUUUUUAUAAUUUAACUAAUAAAAUACUUUUAUACAAGAAAGAAAAGGUCUCAUUUAAAAAAAUUUGCUUUUUUAUUAAAAAAAAUGUUAUAAGAUUAAAAAAAUGUGGUUACAAUAUUUUUAAAAUUUAUAUUUAUAUUAAGAAUAUUUUUUCUAUAAAAAAAGAAAGAAUUAGAAAAAUACAUACUCUUUAUAAUAUAACAUCUUUGAGUAAUUGUGAAAAUAAAAGGUUUUAUAAACAUUUAAAAAAUAAAAAUAAGCACAAUAAUAUUAUUGAAGAUAUAGAAGUUUUAAAAAAAAAAAAAAAUAAUAAAAUAAUUGUAAAUUGCGAAUUUAUAUAUAACCGUAAUUUAAAUAAAAUAACGAAAUUUGAUUCUUGCUAUAUAAUUUAUACAAAAAGGGUGAAGCAGAAAAAAAAAGAAAAAGAAGGUGGAUAUGUAAAUAAAAUUAUGAAUUUUAGUCGAAGUGCUUUUUAUCUAAAUAAAAAUAAUUGUAUAAACAGAAAUACAUUUCUAAAACAAAAUUAUUAUCGUUUGAACCGUACUAGAUAUUUAAACUCAAAUCAAUACAUUUCAACAAAUAUUAGAAGUAUCAGGAAUAAUACAAUAAUAGGUAAAAUAAAAAAUAAUAUAAAAAAGUAUUUAAUAAAUAAAAGAAGUAGUAAAUUUGAAAUUAAAAAUAUGAAUCCUUAUAAUGAUAUAUCUGAAAAUUUUCCCCAAUCAGUAAUCGAUAGCUAUAAAGCAGCAGGAUUUUUUAUAAUUAGAACAAAUAAAGAUAAAUAUAACAUUAAUAAAAAAACUAAUUUAAAUAAUAUAAAUGUACAAAUAUUAUUGGGAUUUGAUCCAUUAAAAAAAAAUAAAAAUCAAGAUGAUAACAGUUUAUAUUUAAAAAAAAAAAAAGGCGAAUUAAAUAUAUUAGGAGGUAAAAAAAAUUUCAAUGAAUUUCACCCUUCUGUUACAGCUUAUAGAGAAUUUAGUGAAGAAAAUUUAUAUAUUUAUAAUAUGUUUCUGUCUUAUUUUAGUUUUUUAUAUUAUGUAAUGAAAAAUAUAACAAAUAUUGAUGAAUUAAGAAAUGCUAAAAAAUAUGAAGAUUUUUUAAAAAUCAAUUACUUAAGAGAUAUAAAUAGUUUGAGUAAAGAAGAGAAAGAAAGAAUUAUAAAUUUACAUAUUAAGAACUUUAUGUUAUUUUUUAAAGAAAAAUGUUUAAAAUUAGAAGAAAAUUACGAUAUUAUUUAUAAAAGUUCCUAUCCCCCUUCUUAUAAUAACAAAACAAAUGAAAUAUUAGAAACUAUUCAUGAUCAAAUUAAUAUGUAUAAAAAAGUACAAAAUACUAAUACAGGAAAUUUCAAAUUAUAUUAUAAAGAAGGGAAGUAUAGUUUGUAUUUUUAUAAUGUUAAUCAAUAUAAAUGCUCUAAUGUAUUACAUUAUUUGAAUAAUUUUUUCUGGGAUAAUUACACUAAUUUUUAUUAUAUUGUUGCAAAAGAAAAUUAUGACUUCUUAAUGAAAUGUCGUAUAGAAAAAUCCAGUGAAUAUGAACCUACUACAUUUAAAAACAAAAAUUUUGUGAGAAUUUCUGGUGAAAAUAUUUAUGAAGAUUUAAUGAAUGUUGAAGAUUUUGCUGAGUCCAUAUGCAAAAAUAAGGAUAAAAAUUUUUUUGAAUUUCCAUCAGAAGAAAAAAAAACAAAAAUUGAUUCAGGUUAUAUGAAUGAUUUGAUAUGGCUAGAUUUUUCAGUAAUACUACAAGUACUUAUAAAAGAAUUUCAUCAUACUCCUAGUAUAUCACAUAUAUUAUGGGAUUUAUAUACACAAAUAAUACAUUAUUAUCAUAGAGGAUUAAAUCAAUUACAAUCGAUUGUAAUAGAAAAUAAUACUAUAGAUAUAUCACCUGAAAUAAUAUCUAAAGUAUAUAAAUUAUACAAGCAUUUUGAUGAAGACUUAAAAUAUUAUUUUGAAAAUGAUAACUUUGAAAGCUUUUUAUUACUUUUAUUUUCUCCAUUUAACACUAAUUUAAAUCAUGAAAAAUUAGAUUUGUUCCAAUACAACUAUUAUGAAUUAAUGAUGAGAAAAUUUUUUCGUAGUUUAAUUGUUUCAAAAAAAUUCUGGAUAUUUCUUUUUUUAAAUUUCAUAGUAAGUAUACCAUGUUAA